AUCGAACAUCACUAAUCACUAGUGCUCAGUCGACUAGUGCCUGAGCUCGGAUCAUACCAAAAUUAGGGGGAAUUUACGACGGUACGCUCUGUGCUUCGUGUGUUGUUUUUGUUUUAUACAGUUGUCAGGCAGGCAUCUAACUAACAAAUUACACUCUGAAAAAAUGACCCGGGCUUAAGCCCUGUAAGCCACCACCCCCGCUCCGCUGAUGGUUGACUCCAAAUCUCCUGAACACUAUGUCGAUUUGAGAACGCAAGACCGAAACAGCGAGACCAAGACCGAGACCAAAGUCAGUCGAGACCAAGACAAGACCCAGACAAAAGUCCACGUAAAAGUGGUCUCGAGACCAAGACCGGUCUCGAGACAUCCAACUCUACAAAAGAAUGCCACAUCACUCGAUGGAAAUGAGAAUUAUCAACCUACACCAGGCUGAAGUCAAAGACAGCCCGAAAGGAUCUGAGGUCUGAGUUGCAGUCGGAGGUGCAACCCGAUGGUGUCAGAUGGACCGAAACAUAACUUUCCAGAGGUGUUCUAUGGAUUUUUAUUUCAGGCAAGCAUGGGUCAGUCACGUCAGUGGUAUCAAUUCCCUUAUUCUCCAGGAAUUGCCUGCAUGAGGCUAGGUACUGUCAUGCACCAGAAGGAACCCAGGACCCACUGCACCUAAUGGCUGUUGCCAAGCCUGUACUGAAAUGGAUAAAUGUGAUGCUUUUUUCCACUCAAAAAUGUUGCUACAGAACUGAGGCAGCUUGCGCAAUAAUACAUUGCUCUAAUCAUGGACACAAAGGGGAGAGAGUACACCUCUGAGACAGUUUAACAGUCCUGGGACUGGUAUGUACCUAGCCUCUUGUUUCUGAGCUAGGAUUAAUAUGUCACCUCUGUCACUACAGGAGCCCUGUCCUAUGCUGAGCUGGGAACAUGCAUUAAGAAGUCUGGCGGCCAUUACACAUACAUAAUGGAAGCGUUUGGACCUCAGAUGGCUUUUAUAAGAUUAUGGGCUGAUCUCAUUGCUAUAAGGCCAGCAGGCAUGGCGGUCAUUUCUCUGGCCUUUGGUCAGUACAUCCUGGAACCUCUGUUCAUGCCAUGUGGUAUACCCCCCCUGGCUGUCAAACUGGCCACAGCCAUUGGCCUAACGUCUGUUAUGUACCUGAACAGUAUGAGCGUAACGUGGACAGCCAGGAUUCAGAUCUUCCUCACUGUCAGCAAGCUUCUGGCCAUUGCCAUCAUAAUAGUGCCAGGCAUGUACCAGCUAUUUAAAGGAGAAACCAGACACUUUGAGAAUGCCUUUGACCUGAGUAAUGUGCAGCUCUCUGGUAUGCCACUGGCUUUCUACUCUGGGAUGUACGCGUAUGCUGGAUGGUAAGCGUGCGCACGGUACACACAUACACACACGUCUGGUUUGCUAUCCUCCUGGUGACAUCCCAUUGACAUAAUGCUUUCCUGAGCCCUUUACUCUAACUCUAACGAUCAAAAAUGAAUGCCUAAUCCUAACCCUAAUCAUAACUACUUUAAAGAAGAUUAUUUUUUCAGGGAGCCCCUCAUC